GCGGCGUCGGUCGGUCGGUCGGUCGGCGGCGGCGUGCGAGGAUGGAGCUGUUCCAAGCCAAGGACCACUACAUCCUGCAGAGCGGGGAGCGGGCGCUGUGGUGCAGCCGGAGGGACGGCAGCCUGCAGCUGAGAGCCGCCACUGAUCUUCUUUUGGCUUGGAAUCCCAUUUGUCUGGGCCUGGUAGAGGGAGUCAUUGGUAAAGUUCAGCUUCAUACAGAUUUACCGUGGUGGCUACUUUUAAUUCGUCAGAAAGCAUUGAUUGGCAAACUUCCAGGAGACCAUGAGGUUUGCAAAAUAACAAAGAUUGCAGUGAUUCCACUUUCUGAAACAGAGCCUCAGGAUUUGGACUUAGAGCUUUGUAAAAAGCACCAUUUUGGAAUAAACAAGCCAGAGAAGAUUACACAGUCACCAGAUGACACAAAAUUUCUGUUGAAGACUCUUACUCAAAUUAAAUCAAAUGUGUCUGCUCCAAAUAAAAAGAAGAUUAAAGAAAGUAAAGAGAAAGAGAAGCUGGAGAAGAGAUUAUUGGAGGAGUUGUUCAAAAUGUUCAUGGAUUCAGACUCCUUUUACUACAGCCUGACCUAUGACCUAACAAAUUCUGUGCAGAGGCAGAGUGCGUGUGAGAAAACUAACUUACCACUGUGGCGAAAAGUUGAUGACAGAUUCUUUUGGAACAAGCAUAUGAUUGAAGAUCUCAUCAGCAUUGAUAAUGCUGAAGUGGACUUCUGGAUUAUACCCAUCAUACAAGGAUUUGUGCAAAUUGAAGAACUUGUAGUAAACUAUAGUGAAUCUUCUGAUGAUGAUAAGAGCAGUCCUGAAACUCCUCCUCAGGAAUCAACUUGUGUAGAUGACAUUCAUCCAACAUUUCUGGUGGCACUUAUUUCACGCCGGAGUCGGCACAGAGCUGGAAUGCGGUACAAGCGAAGAGGUGUUGAUAAAAAUGGAAACGUGGCGAAUUAUGUUGAGACAGAGCAACUGAUUCAUGUUCAUAAUCAUACUCUUUCAUUUAUACAAACAAGAGGCUCUGUGCCUGUUUUCUGGAGCCAAGUUGGAUAUAGAUAUAACCCACGGCCCCGACUGGACAAGAGUGAAAAUGAAACGGUGUCCUGUUUUCGUGCACAUUUUGAAGAACAGCUGAAAAAUUACAAAAAGCAGGUUAUUAUUAAUUUGGUGGAUCAGACAGGCAGAGAGAAGAUUAUUGGAGAUGCUUACCUUAAACAAGUUCUUCUGUACAACAAUGCAAAUCUGACUUAUGUUUCAUUUGACUUCCAUGAGCACUGCCGAGGAAUGAAGUUUGAAAAUGUUCAAACACUGACUGAUGCCAUUCAUGAUAUUAUUCUUGACAUGAAGUGGUGCUGGGUUGACCAAGCUGGUGUGAUUUGUAAACAGGAAGGAAUUUUUCGAGUUAACUGCAUGGACUGUCUGGAUCGUACCAAUGUUGUGCAGGCUGCUAUUGCAAGGGUGGUCAUGGAACAGCAGCUCAAAAAACUAGGUGUGAUGCCACCAGAACAGCCUUUGCCAGUAAAAUGCAAUAGAAUCUACCAGAUAAUAUGGGCGAACAACGGAGAUGCCAUAAGCCGGCAGUAUGCUGGCACAGCAGCCUUAAAGGGUGACUUCACAAGGACUGGUGAAAGAAAGUUGGCAGGGGUAAUGAAGGAUGGAGUUAAUUCUGCAAACAGAUACUACUUGAACCGUUUCAGGGAUGCUUAUAGGCAAGCAGUCAUAGAUUUGAUGCAGGGUAUCCCUGUAACAGAGGAUCUUUACUCCAUAUUUACAAAAGAGAAAGAGCAUGAAGCUCUGCACAAGGAGAACCUGAGGAGCCAUCAGGAAUUGAUCAGCCAGCUGUUGCAGAGCUACAUGAAACUGCUCUUACCAGAUGAUGAAAAAUUCCAUGGAGGAUGGGCGCUUAUUGACUGUGAUCCAAGUCUUAUUGAUGCCACUCAUAAGGAUGUGGAUGUUCUGCUGUUACUUUCUAAUUCUGCCUACUACGUGGCCUAUUAUGAUGAUGAAAUCGACAAGGUGAAUCAGUACCAAAGGUUAAGUCUUGAAGCUCUGGAAAAAAUAGAAAUAGGGCCAGAGCCUACUCUCUUUGGCAAACCCAAGUUCUCUUGCAUGAGGCUGCAUUACAAAUACAAAGAAAUGAGUGGAUAUUUUCACACUCUUAGAGCUGUGGUACGCAACCCAGAAGAAGAUGGAAAAGACACGCUUCAGUGCAUUGCAGAAAUGCUGAGAAUCACAAAGCAAGCAAUGGGAUUAGAUGUGCCCAUUAUUGAGAAAAAGCUAGAGAGGAAGAGCAGUAAACCUCAUGAAGACAUCAUUGGCAUUCGGUCUCAGAACAGAGGGUCCUUGGCCCAAGGCAAGAAUUACUUACUGAGCAAGUUCUCAUCUCUCAAUCAAAAAGUGAAACAAACCAAGUCCAAUGUAAACAUCAGCAAUCUUCGGAAGUUAGGCAGCUUUACCAAACCUGAAGUGAAAGUCAAUUUUUUAAAACCAAAUUUGAAAGUGAAUCUUUGGAAAUCAGAUAGUAGCCUUGAAACUUUAGAGAAUCCAGUGGUAGAUACUAAAGUCCAUACUGAGUCUGAUACAGAAGUAUCAGAUAAUGAUUCAUUCCACUCUGAUGACUUCCUGACCAAUUCUAAAUCUGAUGAGGACACCCAGCUAACUGACUCUCUAGAGAACAUAGGGCAGACAGACUACGUGCUGCCUAGCUGUGGUAUCAUUGCCUCAGCUCCACGGCUGGGCAGUCGGUCCCAGUCUAUAAGCAGCACUGACAUGAACAUUAGCAUUCAUGUUCCCUCCGAGAUCCACGUCUCUCAGGCUAGCCGGUCUGACUGUGAAGACGUACCCAUGCCUUCUGCUGACAGCAUGGAGUUGGAAUUUGCUAAGCCUAUUGAUGUGUAUUGCCAGAGGUUUGUGCACGAUGCUCAGAAUAAGAUGUCAGAGGUUUUGGAGGCUGAGGCUGGUUCUCAAGAGCCCCAUCACAUAAUACAUCAAACUAGCAAUAAUACAUCUAAGAAGGCAGAAACCAAGGGUGAAGCCAUCAGAGACAUUCCUUCCAGGCCAUCAAAGUUGGAUGUACAGUCUUCUGAGCCAAAUCCUCAGCUCUUAGCUGUUGGUGGGACUGACUUCACUAAAUCUCAUAAAAGCCCAGGAUCUGUAUCUGGUAACCUUGAGACUGGACUCCACAUGACUCCUUCUCCAGCUGACAGUAGCAGCAGCAGAGCUGUAUCUCCUUUUGCUAAAAUUCGCAGUUCCAUGGUCCAGGUUGCUAACAUCACGCAAGCAGGAUUGACUCAAGGGAUUAAUUUUGCUGUUGCAAAGGUCCAGAAGAGCCCUGCAGAACCAGAAGCUAUAAAUGAAAUCAAACAAAAAGAACUGAAAGAAAUGUUUACACAAUGCCAGACACGAAUAAUUCAAAUCUAGUUGCUAAUUGAGGAAGUGUUCUUCUAGUUGUGGCUUUUAAUACAAUACUAAAAAAAUGAUGUCAGGACUCAUUGUGGCAUGAACUGCUACUGAAUACUGGGAUCAAUAAUAUAGAUAACUUGUUUACAGGAAGUGAGAGAUGCAAAUGAAUUUGGUUCUGACCAAGCUUCAGAAUUCCCUCAGGCAGCUGAGACAAAAGAAUGGUAAACUGUAUUUAAACAGGUAGCUUAGACACUGGGAUUUAAUAAGCAUGCUGUCUAUCUUAAAUGUGUUGCACAGUUAUUUUUGGAGACUAAUUUUGUAGCUCUUCUGACUUAUGUAGAAAGUAUUUAUACUAAAAAGGUGAUACUGUACUUCUAUGACCUUACUUACCUUGCACUGCACCAGCAAAAUAACUUACCAGUAAAUUACA